UAUAUAAAGUGUGUAGAGGCUCGAAGGAAGUCAGUUUGGAGGAGCAACUCAAAGCGCCCAAACAUGAAGACUACCGCCGUGAUUCUCGCUGUUCUGGUGUUCGCGGCCGUCCUUAUCCAGGACAUUGAUGCCUACGGCAACUGUCGUUGUCGCAAAUGGUGCAACAAGAAAUAUGAGAGUCCCCGGGGCCGAUGUGGCAAGUGGGGCGGUGUUUUGUGCUGUAGGCGCUGGUGGGGUGGUGGAUACGGAGGUGGAUACGGAGGUGGUUACGGAGGUGGAUACGGAGGUGGUUACGGAGGUGGAUACGGAGGCGGAUACGGAGGUGGCUUGGGCGGAUACGGAGGUUAUGGAGGAUGGGGAAAGAAGGGCGGUUAUGGAGGUUACGGUGGCGGUUACGGAGGUUAUGGAGGUUACGGUGGUUAUGGUGGAUACGGUGGCGGUUAUGGCGGCUAUGGAGGUUACGGUGGCGGUUAUGGAGGUUAUGGAGGAGGUUAUGGCGGUUAUGGAUACGGAAAGAAAUAUUGAACCAUCUCAGCAUAAACUGGAACUUCGGACCUUUUACUGGAACGUUUUACCGGACAGAGAAUUUUUGCUCAUUUUACUUUUAUGUUAUCUCAGUAAAAAUAAACAUAUCUGAACUCUCA